CGUGCGCGGCUCGGCCGCAGCGGAGCGCGGGGCUCCGGCGGGCACUGCGCUGCCCCCUCCCCGCAUCCCCCCUUCCGACCCCCCCGCCGGGCUGGAUAUGUGGAUGCUCACGUGAAGAUGGAUGUAGCGAUCGGGCUGCUGGGGCUGCUGACGGUUCUGCUGGAGGGCAGCUCCGGGCAAGGGGUGUAUGCUCCCCCCACCGUGAGGAUCGUGCACUCGGGCCUGGCAUGCAACAUCGAGGAGGAGCGCUACUCUGAGAGGGUAUACACCAUCCGUGAGGGCGAGACGCUGGAGCUGACCUGCCUGGUCACCGGCCAUCCUCGGCCACAGAUCAGGUGGACCAAAACAGCAGGAAGUGCCUCUGACAGAUUUCAAGAUUCAAGCGUCUUCAAUGAAACUCUGAGGAUAUCCAAUAUCCAGCGACACCAAGGAGGACGCUAUUACUGCAAGGCUGAGAACGGCUUGGGCUCACCAGCUAUAAAGUCCAUAAGAGUGGACGUGUACUAUUUGGAUGAUCCAGUAGUAACAGUCCACCAGAGCAUUGGGGAAGCAAAAGAACAGUUUUACUAUGAGAGAACAGUGUUUCUCAGGUGUGUUGCCAACUCCAAUCCACCCGUUCGGUACAGCUGGCGACGUGGCCAAGAGGUACUGCUGCAAGGGUCUGAUAAAGGAGUGGAGAUCUAUGAGCCCUUCUUUACCCAGGGAGAAACAAAGAUCCUGAAGCUGAAGAACCUACGACCUCAGGACUACGCGAAUUACAGCUGCAUCGCCUCAGUGAGGAAUGUCUGCAGCAUCCCUGACAAGAUGGUGUCCUUCCGACUUUCUAAUAAAACAGCAUCACCUUCUAUUAAGCUUCUUGUGGAUGACCCAAUAGUGGUGAACCCUGGAGAAGCAAUCACCUUAGUCUGUGUGACGACAGGAGGGGAGCCAGCCCCCAGCCUGACAUGGGUUAGGUCUGCCGGCAUCCUGCCCGAGAAGACCGUGCUGAAUGGUGGGACUUUAACAAUACCUGCCAUCAUGUCAGAAGAUGCUGGCACGUACAGUUGCAUCGCCAAUAACAAUGUUGGAAAUCCUGCAAAAAAGUCCACCAAUAUCAUCGUAAGAGCCUUAAAAAAAGGACGUUUUUGGAUUACCCCUGACCCAUAUCACAAAGAUGACAACAUCCAGAUUGGGCGAGAGGUGAAAAUUUCCUGCCAGGUGGAAGCCAUCCCAUCUGAAGAACUUACAUUCAGCUGGUUUAAGAAUGGACGUCCCUUGAGGAGCUCUGAAAGGAUGGUUAUUACACAGACUGACCCUGAUGUUUCACCAGGCACCACAAACCUGGACAUUAUUGACUUGAAAUUCACUGACUUUGGGACAUACACGUGUGUUGCGUCUCUGAAAGGAGGUGGCAUAUCAGAUAUCAGCAUUGAUGUCAACAUCUCCAGCAGUACAGUCCCACCCAAUUUGACUGUUCCUCAAGAAAAGUCACCCCUGGUCACCCGGGAAGGGGACACGAUCGAGCUGCAGUGCCAGGUGACAGGGAAGCCCAAGCCCAUCAUUCUCUGGUCCCGAGCAGACAAGGAAGUUGUGAUGCCGGAUGGAGCAAUGCAAACAGAGAGCUACGAUGGGAUCCUGAGGAUAGUGAACGUGUCCAGGGAAAUGACAGGAACCUACAGGUGCCAGACCAGCCAGUAUAAUGGGUUUAAUGUGAAGCCCAGAGAAGCUUUGGUACAGCUCAUUGUACAGUACCCUCCCGCCGUGGAGCCUACCUUCCUGGAGAUUCGGCAAGGCCAAGGCCGGAGCAUCACCAUGAGCUGCCGGGUUCUGAGGGCAUAUCCCACCCGGGUCCUCACCUAUGAGUGGCGCCUGGGCAGCAAGCUGCUGCGCACUGGCCAAUUCGACAUGCAGGACUCCACCGAGUACACUGUCAGCAGCCUCUCCCGUGACAGCUACGGCAUCUACAACUGCAACAUCAUCAAUGAAGCGGGUGCUGGCAGAUGCAGCUUCCUCGUGACAGGCAAAGCCUACGCUCCUGAGUUCUACUAUGACACCUACAACCCACUGUGGCAGAACAGACCCCGCGUGUAUUCCUACAGCCUGCAGUGGACACAGAUGAACCCCAAUGCUGUGGACCGCAUCCUUGCCUAUCGCUUAGGAAUUAGGCAGGCUGGACAACAGCGUUGGUGGGAACAGGAAAUUACAGUGAAUGGAAAUAUUCAAAAGGGAGAAUUAAUUACCUACAACCUAACCGAGCUGAUCAAGCCAGAGGCUUAUGAAGUCCGUCUAACACCCAUCACCAGAUUUGGUGAAGGGGACUCAACUAUUCGGGUCAUCAAAUAUAGUGCUCCAGUAAAUCCACAUUUACGAGAGUUCCACUGCGGGUUUGAGGAUGGUAACAUUUGCCUUUUCACUCAAGAUGACACAGACAAUUUUGACUGGACAAAACAAAGCACUGCCACUAGAGACACAAAAUAUACUCCGAACACUGGGCCAAAUGCAGAUCGGACUGGCUCCAAGGAAGGUUUCUACAUGUACAUUGAGACAUCACGCCCCAGGCUGGAAGGAGAAAAGGCCAGACUUGUUAGUCCUGUUUUCAGUGUCGCUCCAAAAAAUCCUUAUGGAGCUACGAACACAGCCUAUUGUUUUAGCUUCUACUAUCACAUGUAUGGACAGCACAUAGGAAGCUUGAAUGUUUACCUGAGGUUGAAAGGCCAGACCGCGAUAGAGAACCCGUUGUGGUCUUCAAGUGGAAAUAAGGGACAGCACUGGAACCAAGCUCGCGUUAAUAUAAACCCCCCAACUUCAUUUCAGCUCAUAUUUGAAGGGAUCCGGGGCCCUGGCAUCGAAGGUGAUAUUGCUAUUGAUGAUGUAUCAAUUGUGGAAGGAGAGUGUAUGAAAUCAGACCAACCAGCCAACAGCUGAAGGGAUGCGCUUCACCACCAGUAAGGAAGAAAGAGGAACACUGCAACAACCAUGACUGUAAAUUCUUGAAUGCGUUGUGAUAGAUAUGACCACAAAAGAGGUUGAAGAAACAUGUUACUGCAAGAAUUAGCAGCCUCAGCACCUUCUCAGGAAAGAUCAGAUGUGUUUCUACUUGCACACUACUAAUGGCAAAGGGAAAAAAAUCCGUGUCUGUGUGUGUAAAUACUAUAUAAAUAACUGUAAUUGUAUGUAUUUAAUGUAUAUAUAAUGAUUAUUACAUUUUAAUGAUCUGAAGUAUUGUAUAUAGCCAAAACUUGGUCUCUUAUUUUACUAGCACACCCACUGUAGAUUUAUUUUUUGUCAUUGUUGUUAAUGUAUCUGGUUAUAAUACGAACUGGUCUCACUUUUACCUCAAAGGGUAUAUGUUCUUUAUGUACAUUUUAUAAAAAAAAAAAGAAAAAAAAAUCACUCAGUAUUUUUGGUUACCUUUUCAGUUGCCAGCUGUAUUUUCAGUCUUUUCAGCUGCAUGCUGCCCUUGCUUCUGACCCCAGAUCCACUGCAGGGAAGAGUGGAGUUGGGAGGGACUGGGUUUGAUGGGCAAUAUUUCUAGCAAUAUUUCAAUGUAUCCCUGCCUUCCUGAGAGAUGUCAGAAAGGAGGACUGUCUCUCUCCAUCCCAGCCCUCCACCUCUUGCUAGGUGUUGAAGGGUUUUGACUAGACCACAAAAAGGCCAUGCCACCAUCUUCUCUACUGGGCCUUUCCUUGCCUUGCAUGAUGCCAGCAGAGUAACAGGGUUUUACGCAGCCAUACAGACAGUUGAGGGCUGAAGUCCAUUUCUUUGAAUUUCCGUAAUGCCCGCACAAUCCCUGGGAAGAAACCUGCAUAAAGAUGUAUGCACCAUGGCAGACAAGGCUACUUCAAGAGCACUCUUUCCCAAGCCAGCCAUGUGGGUAUUGAUGUGAUGGGCACACAGAGCUAUCCAAUAUAUCUCUGCCUUUGUGUAAUGGUGUGGAGUAGCACAGCAUCUCCAGAUCCAAUUUGGACUUUACUGCAUGAAGAGUCUGGAUUUGUCAAGGUCAGUGGUUACAUGGUCCAAUGUGGAGGUUGUCCUGGACUUCAUCAGUCAUGGGGUUGAUGCCCAUUCUCUGCUGAAGGCAUGCCCUGGGUAUUUCUUCUUGUCCAGUUCUUCUGUUGAGACUGCAGUUUGGUGCCCGGAGCUAUCUCAAGAUCUAUGCACAUAUAGCACAGUCAGGCACACUUUUAAUCAGGGGGUUUCCAGUGUACAGUAACAUGAAGACUUAGAAGUUAUUUCCUCUGAAGUAUUGUAUUUGCUCAUUUAAGAACACAAAGGCUCCAGGUUUUCAUGGGCUAGCUACUAUAUAUUUUGAAAAGGCCUCAGAUCAUUAAAAUUCUCUGGUGUUUGUUGUCUGAUGCAAAUGAAGAGUAAAGUGCUGUGCUCUGAUUUGGCAUGUUGCAUGUCCAUGCCACACUGCUGGGAAAAUGAAAGCAAACCAGCAUUCAAGAAGGAGCCCUCAUUUGUGGUUCCUGCUCUGGCUGUCUUUUGUUGGUCUGUGUGGAGAUAAACUUCUUUACAACCUUUCAGAAUUAAAAGUCUGGGUUUAUCGUAGGUGAAAUGAGACUACAAUCUACAUAAAUGAAAGCAUAUUUUGUUUCUUGUUGCAUUUUGCAAAUGCUGAUGUUUCUUUGCCCUUUUCAGUUACACUGAUGCCUCCAUCAUUUUCUUGAUUAAAUUUGUGACUGUCAGCUGUCAGCUUGUUCAAAUUAGAUAAAAGUCAGCAUUUCCAGGCAAGUCUUUCUCUGCAGUGGCCUCCACCACAGACAUUGACAAACAGCAUCACAAUGAAAUUCACAGCUUAAAAAAAAGAAACAUACUGGUCUCUUAUUUUUCAGCUUAAAAAGUUUCACUGUCCCUUUUGAUCUCACAGCUUGAAACCAUUCUACAUUCCCUCAUUCUGUCCUUGGAUAUUCAGUAUUCAAACUAUGGGCUGAAGCACUUUAUUCCUUCCAGAUGCAUUGGUCUGCUUCCCUUUCCCUUCAUGGUAAUUAUGUCUUAGCUGCACAUUGGGCCAAGAAGAGAUCCAAGGGCACAUACUUUUGAGUACGAACACGGAUAGUAUUAUAUAUAUUACACUUAGAAGUAUCAUAUAUAUUGUAUUUACAUGAAAGCUGAUUAAGCUAUCUGCUUUCAAAUGGAGGUGCUCUGCAUCAUUGCCUUCAUUUGCCAUCCUGUGUCCCAUCUGCUUCAGGGACCAAGAGCUGAACCCCACUGUCUGCACCCCACCCAAUUCCGUAAAGAUUUUUGGAGGUUAGUAGACUGACACAAGCAUCUGUACAAAAAUGUUUUAUAUUGGUAUUGUUUACCAAAAAAAAUAAAUCAGGUUUUUGAUAGAUUUUAUCUGAGUUUGGUUUGUGGAAACUUUUCAUCUGUGCGAACAGGACCAUUCCAGAGCAAAAUUAGCCAGAAUGAAGUGGCAAGCCUAGUCUGUAAGAUAGACUGCAUGCAUAGGUCAAUGCUUACUCCUAAUCAGCUGCUUAUUUUUGUGGAGUUGAUGUGUUAGUGCUCUGGAUGUGAGUAGCACAGCAUGUCGAGCUGCCAGGACUGGCAGAUCUGUCUCCCUAGGGAAUGCUUGUUAUUCUUGUUUGGAGGUUUUUUGGCACGUUGCUUUUAGUUUUUUUAAAAAGAGAAGAACAGGGGUGUAUUAGCAAGGAUUAAAGUAUUACUGUAGUGGCUCUAGGCCUUUCACAAUCCCCAUUAUUUGCUGUAAUCCCACCAGAACAGAAUGCUUUUCUUAUAUUCCUUAAUUAUGCUGUAAAAAUUAAUGAAAAAAUAGCUAUAAAGAAUAACAUUCUGAUGAGGCAUGUGAAUCCCAAUUUAUAGUGGGAGUAGCAAAAAUUUGUUUUUCUGCAGUAUUCAGUAGUACUUGACAUUUUCAGCCUAACUCCUCAGGGACAAGGCUUACACAAUCCUUCUGUGAGUGAUUUAUUGUGUCUCUGUCCUUUCCCAUUAAUAAGUUCUGAAAUUUUUGUCCCCUUUCAAAUGGGUUUGAAGGGCAGUUGAGAUCACAAUAACAAUUUGUUUAUUUAAAGUUGGGGAUUUUCUUCAGGAAAUCACCCACCAGGACCUGAAGAGGUUAGAAACCUCUUCAGGUGCUUUCCUCAGACUGAUGAACAUUUGUUAACUGACAGGGUUUCCUACACUGUAUGUCCACGUCAUUCUUCCUCUGGUUAUUAUCAUCUCUGCCAACUCUCCUUCAAUGUUAUUCUUCCCCUUCCCUUGUGAAACAUCACUGAUGCUCUCUUGCACCUUCAUUUCAUUAGCCUUGGAGAGACCUUUCCAAGGAGUUAAUAAUGUCCUUAGACUCACUUUUCCUUACAGAAAGUGAUAAAUAAGACAAAUCCUGUUUUGCUUUAAAGGACAAAAUGUUCAAAAACUUACCAAUAAAUUCUCUUCAUUGUUAAUAGGUGGUAAUUGCAUCCUGUGUAAAGGCACUGGGAGAGACUGAGGCUUAAAUAGCCUCUAAACCUCUUUUUAAUUGUCAUUAUGGGUCUGGCUGCUCAUUCAGGAGGAGGCUUCUCAGUGCAAGUUCCAUUCCCUGCUGGGUUUGAACACAGACAAAUACUAAUGUGAAUUUAAUGCAGGGGAGAUUGACCACUUGAAAGAAAAGGAAGUAUUUGAUUUGAUAAAAAAAAAAAUAAAA